AUGGGUAGUUGUGGAAGGGAAGGUGUCGUGAGACAGUAUAUAAGAUCAAAAGUCCCUCGUUUAAGAUGGACCCCUGAACUGCAUCGUUGCUUUGUUUAUGCCAUUGAGACUCUUGGAGGUCAUCACAAGGCUACUCCCAAACUUGUUCUUCAAUUGAUGGAUGUUAAAGGGCUCUCAAUUUCACAUGUCAAGAGUCAUCUGCAGAAGCUACAUUCGGAGGAAGAGAACAUAAGAGCUAGAUUCGAGAGGACAAGUUUACUUUCAGGAUUUCUACAAUGCAGCCAAAGAGUAUGUGAAGCAGUCCCAAAUCCAUACACUACUUUUCAUGAUCACCUUCAGAGGAUGGCUGAGCAGAAGGGAAUAAAGAAGAUUUGUGCUGGUUCAAUAUGGCACACUCAACCCCUUUCCACAACCUUUCUUCCCAUGCUACCAAACCAAGAAUCAGAUUUGCUCCCGGUUGCGAAAUUAAAUGAUAAAGAGGGUCUGGAUGAAGUUGGGAAGACUUGGAGGCUAGAAGCAGAGGAUGAAGACAGGGGAGGCUGUGAGUUGUCGUUGUCCAUCUCAUUGCCACAGCCACAUCCUUCUUCUCAGAAAAGUAAUGCUUCUUCAGUAAGCGAGACCAGUGAGGUCUUUUCAAUAUUCCCUGAGUUUAGCCUCAACAACUACAUGCCUUGUUCUACCUCUUCUAAUCUUCCAAACACAAUUAAUUUGGACCUAUCUUUGGCCAUUUAA